GGACCGAACUCUCCCUCAUGGAACUUGUAUAUAUAACGCGUACGGCACUACGGGAACUAGACGGGAAUUAAUGCAUCGAGUUUUCCAGAUUUGUUCAAAGUUAAACGUCGCACCGGUUGGGCAUCGUGCUGCCGAAGGGCAUCCAGCCCAGCGCUCCAGAGGAUACACCUUCCGAUCAUACGAUGAGCUCGAUGGCCCUCAAAUGCUCUCUUUGUGGCGAAGUGUUCUCUUGCCAGUCCAAGCUGACUGCGCACACACGCAUUCACACAAAGCCAUAUGAGUGCAAUGUUUGCAAGAAGACUUUUACUCAUGAAUCUCGCCUUCAAACCCAUCUUCAAACCCAUACCAGAGAGAAGCGCGUCGAGUGUACAGUUUGCAAUCGGAACUUCAGUAGCUCCAUUCAACAUCGUGCUCAUCUUAUGAUUCAUACCGGGGAGAAACCUUUUGAACCCAUAAUUUGCAAUGAGAAGUUCACUCAAUCAAGUGGUCUCAAGACACACCUUAAAGGAGUCCAUUCACAGGAAGGGCCUCUCAAGUGUUCAGUUUGCGACAAGAAAUUUACUAAUUUUAGGCUUUUUAAAACUCAUUUUCGAAUUCAUGCCGGGGAGCAGCCUUUUGAGUGCACUGUCUGCAAUAAGAAGUUUACUCAGAUCGAUCAUCUGAGACGUCAUAUUCGAACCCAUACAGAGGAGAAGCCCAAGCCUCUCGAGUGCACAGUUUGUGAUGUAAAGUUCAUUUCUUCAGACCAACUUAAAAGUCAUCUUAGAAUUCAUACAGGGGAGAAGCCAUUUGAGUGCCAUGUCUGCGAUAAGAAGUUUACUCGGGGUGGUGAUUUGAGAUCUCAUCUUCGAACCCAUACAGGGGAGAAGCCAUUUGAGUGCCUUGUCUGCAAUAAGAAGUUUUCUCACGGCCAUCAACUGAGAUGUCAUCUUCGAACCCAUACAGGGGAGAGGCCUUACGAGUGCUCAGUUUGCAAUAGGAAGUUUAGUGGCCUAUCCAACCUUAAAGACCAUCUUAAAAUCCAUUUAGGGGAGAAGCCUUUCGAGUGCACAGUUUGUAAUGCGAAGUUCAUUUCUUCAGACCGACUUAAAAGUCAUUUUCGAGCCCAUACAGGGGAGAUGCCAUUUGAGUGCGAUGUCUGCAAUAAGAAGUUUACUCAUAGCCAUCAUCUGAGACGUCAUAUUCGAACCCAUACAGGAGAGAGGCCUUACGAGUGCUCAGUUUGUAACAGGAAGUUCAGAUUCAUAAGCAACCUUAAAGACCAUCUUAAAAUCCAUUUAGGGGAGAGGCCUUUCGAGUGCACAGUUUGUAAUGCGAAGUUUAUUUCUUCAGACCAACUUAAAAAUCAUCUUCGAGCGCAUACAGGGGAGAAGCCAUUUGAGUGCCUUGUCUGCAAUAAGAAGUUUUCUCAUAGAAGUAGUCUGAAUUCUCAUCUUCGAACCCAUACAGGAGAGAGGCCUUACGAGUGCUCAGUUUGCAAUAGGAAGUUUAGUGGCAUAUCCAACCUUAAAAAACAUCUUACAACCCAUUCAGGAGAGAGGCCUUAUAAGUGCACAAUUUGCAAUGAAGAGUUUGGUCAUGAUGCUUCUCUUAGAAAACAUAAUCUGAGAGCCCACGCCUCGAAAAAGCCUUACAGAUGUACCGUUUGCAAUAUGAAUUUUACUCAGUCAAAAAAUCUUCUAGCCCAUUUAAGAGCCCAUAUUGAGGAGGACAUUGCUUGACCAUGACGUUUGGACCAACAAGUUUCUUUGGCACACGACAGCGCAAUUCGUUCGUUGUUGGAAUCGAAACAAAGUAAUGGCUCGGAUUUUCAAUCUUUAUUUCCUGCUAGGGUAAUGUCGAGUUCAUGUUGUACAGCAGGCCCUCUAAAGGGCAGUUCUUUCUGUUCAUUUAUAACCACAUUAAUGCAGCAAUUUUCUACUUAAUAAAUCGAAUGAUUGUCGAUGC